CCCAGAUCAUAUCGAUGCAAGUCCCACCCACCCCGCCUUUCCCGAAAGCCUUGGCGGCCAACGCGCGCAAUCGCCGUCGAGGUCCUCCCCAAGAGACAAUCAGUGCCAACGUAGUCAUGAAGACAGCGACUGCGACUCGAGGGGUUUCCAGUGGAGAUAGCCAGUUCCGUCUCGAUGGUCUCGAGUUACCAGUAAGCUUUGAACACAUAUCACGCCGUGUGAUUGAGCGAGGAUGCCCCGCGCCCACGGUCAUGAAGUGCACCCCUGGGGAGUAUACACUUCAAAUUACGGAUGGUCCAUCUGUGUUCACCCCGAGAAAGGGAGGCAAGCUCAACAUUGAUCAGCCCCUAGUACACUACUACAAUAUGGUGUACCUUCGUGCCAUCCAGGAUGGUAACAAACCACAGCCAAACGAACAGCUCCCCUCCCACAUCAGUGAAGCUUGUGUCACACGGAACCAGACAGCAAUUGAGGCUGGGGGUGUGGCUAUGCAAUUUCAUAGGACAAUCCGGGUUCCAGAUAAUGACAAGACACAACCUCUUCCACCUAAUCUGGGAACAUUCCAAAUCUAUAAUGUUGCAGACUUUGCCAACAGGCUUCCAAAAUCUGUGGUCAGCAAAGGAGGAAUGUUCAUUGCCAUGUAUCAGCGUGAAGCAAUGUGGAUUUCUUUUUCACCUUGUACUCCAAAUGGGAUCAAUGCACUCAAGGUGUCUGUUGGUGGUAUAAAUGCACUCACAGGGAAUCCACAGAAUGCCAAGGCUGCAGCAGAUACCCAAGACUAUCUCCCUAUCAAUAGCACCAGUGGCCAACUCUGGCUGGAUGGGAUAUGCACUGCUCCAGGCAUUGUUCAACAGUUUGUUGCAACCCCACUAGGGCAUGGGUAUACUGUUGAAGGUCAGAUAACUGGUAAAGAGGAUAUUGGUGGGAUGCAAAUUGAUGUCUUUCAGCCAUACCCAGCCACAGUAGUGUUCAGCCACAAAGGAAAGGAGAUGAACCUCUACAGGUCAGCAAGUCAACAGGGUCUCAAGAAGAAUGCAUUCAUUAGCAUGCUAGACUCUGAUGUACAUGCACAAAUACUCAGGGCAGGGGAUAUCAUACAGUCAACAGCUUUCACUUCAUGCCAGACUAUCAAUGUCCAUAUACUAAGGGCUGAGAGCAGUACUAAGCCACUAGGAGCAAAGCUCAAGCUCUCUGUGAAUGGAGGUGAUAUCCUCAUAUUGAUUUUGAGGACUGAACAUCUGAUGUCAUUGGCAGUUUUGGUCAAGACUCUGACUGGCAAAAUCAUCUCAAUUCCAACCUAUGGAGAUCUCUUGAUUGCAAAUCUCAAGGCUAUGAUACAAGAUCGUGAAGGAAUACCCCCAGAUCAGCAGAGAUUAGUAUUUGCUGGGGAUCAACUUGAGGAUUUCUUGACACUCUCUGAUUAUGGUAUACAAACAGAUUCCACCCUUCACUUGGUUCUCAGGUUGAGGGGUGGUUGGACACCAUAUGCUAUGGCUGGCUUCUCUGCAGGAGGCCGGAUCUCCCAGAAGAUCAACCGUGACAUAUUGCCAGCCUUGGCAUAUGUUGACACCAUGCCAACAAGACUGCAUAUCACUGUUAUCAAUGCAGCAUACUUCCCAGCAAUGACCGGCCUUCCUGCUCCGCCUUCACCUGUCAGCACAGCUACAUACAUCCAAAACAAGCUGCCAUGGUUCACUCUCUAUGACGAACGGAUUCCUGCUGCGAAGGCAAAUUUCCAGACAAAUCCACUAUCCAAAAUCAAGUCUGUCGCGACAUUGGAUGCCGAACGUGAUGCACGGGGAGAAGCCAAACCGCAGCUCGAAUGCGUCUUCUGCGUCUAUGGCGAGGCUGCCCUCCUACUUCAUCCUUGCCGCCACGUCGUCUGCGAGGACUGCGCGUCCGGGCUCAGCUCCGACGUCUGCCCCGCAUGUCCUGCAACUGUUCGCCGCCGCGAGAGGCUCGUUGACAAAGAAGACGACCCACAGUUUGGACUGGAGGCUGGAUUGUACGAGGACUGCGUCGUUCAUUUGAAGCGGUACACGAAGGGCGACAAGGUGGCCAGCUUCAUCCUGCGUGAGCAUGCAGUCUCGAAAUUGUCGGGAGAUGGAACGGAGUGA